AUGUACGAUUUGCUCUACACAAAGGCCAAAGCAAUCCAUACUGGCUGGGGCUUGGCUCGGCGCAUAACUGGAUUGGUUUCAAUCUGCAUCGUAUUGGUACUCUUCAUCCUGAUCGAGGAUCAUAAUUACUCAGUGGCUGAUCUUUGUUUGACCUUUGUACUGCUAGCGGUGGCCAUAUUCCUGGAGAUUUAUGCUUUGGUUUUUCUUCUUUUCUCUGACAAGACGGCUUGUUGGUUGAUUAAGGAAAAGAAAUUUGCAGUCUUGGAUUUCAUCAAUUGGUUGCAACCGCUGACUAAACGGCACCGAUGGUCGGAUCACAUGGCUCAAUACAGCCUAUUGAGCUUUGCAAUUAAAGAGAAGCACCUCCCUUGCCAUCAGAUCCUCGAAUUUCUGCACAUUGAUGAGGAGGUCGAGAAACUCCUCUAUAAGCAUCACAAGAAAGUGACCGAAGAGAUAAAAAAUCUUAUAGUGUCACAUGUCACACAAAUGCAAUCCCGCCAGCCCACCCCAGGAAGCCAGGUGCUCAAAAAAUUAAAUAUGGAGAGUUUGAAAUGGAGCAUCGAGUUGGAGUUCGACCAAUGCAUCCUCAUUUGGCAUAUUGCAACCGAAAUGUGUUGCCACCCAAAUGACCGAGACAGUUUGAAAAACUCUGGCAUCGAAUCAAGAUCCAAUAUCAGUAAGUGCUUGUCCCGAUACAUGUUCUAUAUCUUUGUCAUGUACCCUGUGAUGCUGCCAACCGUGAUCGGACGCAUCAAGUUUCAAGAAACCUAUGUUGAGGCGAUGAAAUUCUUCAGCGACCGCAAGCCCAUAGCACACGAGGAUACAGACCACAAAGCAACUCGUUCCAACAAUGAAGGAUUCUGUGCGAGUACUUGGCGACAUAUCAAGGAGGGGAUGAAGUGCAAAUUCAACUUAACUACUGCCUCCAACGAGCUGCGGAAUCAGGUGAAGACAGAGCUGAAUUUGACGGUCUCAAAGGGAGACCGGAGCAAGUACGUGCUGUUCCACGGGUGUCGGCUCGCGUCAGAGCUGGAUGCGAUCGAGAGUAGGGAGAAGAAGUGGGAGAUCAUAAGGGACGUGUGGGUUGAGAUGUUGUGUUAUACAGCUAGUAUCUGUAAAGGGAGUUAUCAUGCACAGCAACUGAGGAGAGGAGGAGAGCUUCUGACUCAUGUCUGGCUCACGAUGGCUCACUUUGGCUUGACUGAUCACUUCCAGAUUCCGCUGACCCCUGCUAUAGCUGAGCUGAUUAUCCAGUAG